UUAGUCUGUUUCUCAAGUGCUCCGUCAGAACGCACCGUGCCAUUUUUAUCCGAAAAGAAAAAAAAAAUGGUGGAAGUAUCGCUCUAUGACUCCGCUAUCUGUCGAUUAUGUGCAGAAAACAAUGGAAAUGGAGAAUUAUUAUACACCGUUGACGGUGACGAGAUUGAUUUGAGUUCGAUGGUUAAUCGCUACUUGCCAAUAAAGAUACGUGAUGAUGGAAAAUUGCCAAGGACCAUUUGUCCCGGCUGUAAUAUUCAGUUGGAAGCUACAGUGCAGUUUUUUGAAUUACUCGUUGAGGGCCAACGUAAGAUACGAGAGAUGUGGAAGGAACAGGUAGAAUGUCAACGCAGAAGUGAACGUGAACGUUUAAAGAAUGAGCGUGAAAAUUUAGAUAACCAUGUUGAAUCAUCAGAACUGGAAAAUUUAUACAAUGAGAAUGGUGAUGAGGAAUUUGCCCAACAAAUCAUCAUCAAGAUUCUCCCAGAUGGUUCGAUGUAUGCAGCAGAGCAUGACAUGAGUUUACAGAUGGAAGGACUCAAUAAGCCAAGAAGAAAACGAGGCCGGCCUCCUAAAAACACUUCUGAACUUGAAGACAAAGAUCUUGCGGAAGACAUUGUGGAUGGAGUUAGCCAAGAAGAUGAGGAAAAGAUUGAGGAUGACCUUGACGAUACUGAUGGGGAUGGUAGGCGGCGACGGAAACGAAAAGUUCCUAAGAGGUUUUCAGAAGCAGUACAAGGUAAAGAACUGGAAAGAAUAUUCAAAGAGGAAGGAGUUAUUGACGACGACGACGAUGGUGCGGAUAAUGUCAUCGAUGACCCUGAAGAAAGAGUCAAAGUGCCAUCACCGGAUGGCCAAGAAGAAAUAAUUGGUCACUUGGAGACUGAAGAGGGCAAAGAUUUGGGUGAGCUGGUUAUUGUAAAUCGCUCUCGUGGCCGUGGACGACCAAAGCUGAGGAGACGUAAAAAUAAGUUCACUUGCAAAUUGUGCGGUCGAGGUUUUCUCCAGAGGAGCCGAUACAUAAUGCACAAGAGUUUUCAUAAAGGGAUAAAGUUUCAAUGCUCCGAAUGUAAGAAACAAUUUACGAACCGAGAAAAUUGUGCUCUUCAUCAAAAAACAACUGGCCACAGUGGUGAGGGUAUAAUCGACGGGAUUGAAAUUGAUGAACCGCAUCUUAAUGAAUCGGUAUCCGACACGAAAAAUUUUGAACAAACGAGUUGCGACAUAUCGCACUUGAAAAAAUUGACCUCGCCAAUACUGAAAAGUGAAUCUUCAAGUAUGGAAAAAUCAAGGCCAGAAAAACUUGAAAAAAGUACAGACAAUAGAAGAGAAAAUAGCAAAGAGAGUCUUGAAACUGAAAACAAGGAAAUGAUAAAACGAUCGAGCUCAGUAGAACCUGAAAAUUCACUCAACAAGGCCAAAUCUUCUGAAUCCGAGUCACCAAAAAAAUCCUCUACCUCUAAAGAACGUUUUGUCACUAGUGGCAAAAUCGUUCCGGGAAAAGAUGGCAAACCUUUUGCUUGUUCGGUUUGCAAUAAGACAUUUAUUCAGCAAGCGAGUUUGAAAGAACAUCAAUUGACUCACGAGACGAACAAAGCAGACAAGGGUUAUCCUUGUGACGUUUGCGGCAAAGUAUUGAAUCAUCCGAGCUCAGUAAUUUACCACAAAGAAGCGGAGCACAACGGACGACGUUUCGUUUGCAACAAAUGUGGCAAAAGUUUCAAGCAUAAACAACUUUUGCAACGUCAUCAGUUGGUGCACUCGGACGAUCGUCCGUAUUUGUGUGGCUCGUGUAACGCAAGCUUCAAAACCAAAGCCAAUCUAAUUAAUCAUCAAUUUACUCACACGGGAGAGAAAAAGUAUUCCUGCGAAUUGUGCGGACAACAAUUUGCCCACAAGACCAGUCUCACGUUGCAUUACAGAUGGCACACAGGUCACAAACCCUAUUCCUGCCAAGUGUGCAACAAGAGUUUUUCCCAAAAUGGAAAUUUACAAGAGCACAUGAGAAUUCACACAGGCGAAAAACCAUACUGCUGCGAUCAUUGCGGACGCAAAUUCACAACUUCUUCGCAAUUUAAGCUUCACGUGAAACGUCACACUGGCGAACGACCCUGGAAAUGUGAAUUUUGCGCCAAAACAUUUUUGCACAAAGACACGUGGAAAUGUCACGUUCGCAGACACAAGGGCGAAAGACCUUUUCAAUGCGCUCACUGUAAUCGUGGAUUUACAGAACAAUGGGCUCUGAAAAAACAUCUGCGACUCCAUACAGGCGAAAAACCUUAUUCUUGUGAGAUUUGUGGCAAAGCAUUCGCGGAUUGUUCGAACCUGACGAAACAUCGAAAGGUACACCGAGACAACAAAAUCGUGGCCAUCAACGAAAUGUCAAAGGCAUCAAAUGACAGCGAGUUAUGGCAAAUCUUGCCAGCUGGAAACGAUAGUGAUGAAAUGGGGGACCAUAUGACACAAGUUAUUGGCCCGGAGGAAACGUCCGAAGACGGGAUUCCUCAAAUCAUCUAUGUGUCUUACCAAGACCCGGAUGAUCCUAAUCAAUCUCGAACUUUACAUUUCGUCGACGUGGGAGUGAUGGACGAAAAAGAGGGUAUUUCAACGAGCGUAGAAGACAGACAAUCUCUGCCAACACUGGACGUUUCCGAGCCAGUACAGAUGAUAAGUAAACGAAAUGCUCAAGAGGAAGAACAGGAAGAUCCAGCGGAACAAAUCGAAAUGGAACUUGCCGAACAAAACCUCCAACUCCAGAUCACUGAUGAAGAAGGCAAUCCUAUUCCUCUUUCAGUACAGGAUGCUAGACAAUUACUUGCAGGUGGAAGAUUUGUCAGCGAAUUGGCAGAUGGGCAAGCGAUCAGAGUUUCUGAUGAAUUAGCUCAACAAUUGAACGUUCAAGUUCAACAAGACGUUGAUGAAAUGGAAGAACCAGUUACGACAGUUUCGACCGCAUCAAACCUCGGCUCGACAACUGUCAGCGACGCUGCAGCGAUUGUGAAGGCUUUGGAGGAUGAAGACACGGAUGCAACGGUUGUAGCGGCAGUGAACCAAAUGGCGGGUGAGCCCGAGAUCGACGACGGUGCUCAAACGAUUGAAUUUACAACCCAGGACGGUCAAAAAGUUCGUCUCGUAACGUCGUAUCACGUCGACCCCAUGCAGCUGACGUCAGAGUAUUUGACAAUAGUUUAAGAUGACUAUAAAACCAUGAUGAAUCCUGAAGAGAUUUGUCCACAAAGAAGGGGAAUGCUCGAUCAGAAUUAAUCAAUAGAGACUGGAAUUGACUGAGAAAUUCAUCGAAACUCUAAAUCGUGGUUGUUUCCCUUCUAUGAACGACUAUUAUUAUUAUUAUUUUUUUUUUUAUUAUACAAUCCUCAUCUAUACGUAGGUGCAUAUAGUAAAUGAUAGCAAAGAAUAAUUAUACUCUCAUUGUAGCGCGCUAGUUAAGCGUCUUGGUAGUAACAAUAUAUUUUUAUUCUCUGCAUUAUGAGAACCGCUGCAGUGGAAUGAAGAACGAAAAUUUCCAAGUGUUGAUCACAGAGCUGCGAUAUAUCUACUAAUUGGACUUACCGUGUUUGAAGUAUAAAUUUAAAAGUGAUUAUAAAAGCAACGAAGCACGGGGCGAACGACUUGAAAAUCGACCGCCACUUCUGUACAUAUUUAGUAAAUACAAAUUUUUCUUUUCUUUUUGUAAAUAUUAUAUAUUUUAUUUACUUUCGAAGAUCAACCGAAUCAUUUGUAAAUGUCGAGUUGAAUGAGGUGGGGAAAAAAAAAAACAAUAAAAUCGCUCACACAUUUUCAUCAA